UCACGGUCACWGUGUGAAACAAAAAUCUUUUUACAGUUUUGGCACGCGAACCUCUUCUAAACAUUUCUAGUUUUUUUUAUCCUAGCCAUCACGUAUCAGUUUUGCCCAUUUUCGUGUUCCCAGUCAAGUGAAAUGUCUGUUCGUAAGGCUAAACAUGCGGGGAGCUGGUAUUCAUCAAACGCUCGAGAAUUAAAUAACCAGCUUGAUGGUUGGCUUUCUACCGUUAAUACCGUGUAUCGUCCAGCCAGAGCCAUCAUUGCUCCGCAUGCGGGCUAUAGUUAUUGUGGAGCUUGUGGGGCGUACGCUUAUAAACAAGUAGAUCCUACAACAGUAAAACGUGUUUUCAUUCUUGGACCAUCUCAUCAUGUCCUCUUGACUGGAUGUGCAUUGACUGGGAGCUCUUUUUACAAUACUCCUUUGUAUAAUUUAGAAGUAGAUAAGGAAGUAACUGAAGAGUUAAUGGAAACCGGGUUAUUUGAAAAAAUGAAUAGAUCAACAGACGAAGAUGAACACAGUAUAGAACUACAUCUUCCAUAUAUAGCGAAGGCCAUGGAAAGCAAAAGAAAUAAAUUUACUAUUGUCCCUAUCCUUGUUGGUUCACUUUCAUCAGAGAAGGAAAGAGAAUAUGGAAAAUUACUUAGUAAAUACUUGCUGAAUCCAGAUAAUUUGUUUGUUGUAUCAUCAGAUUUUUGUCAUUGGGGAAAGAGGUUUCAUUAUUUUUAUCGUGAUAGCAGAUAUGAGCAGAUAAAUGAAUCAAUUGAAGCUUUAGAUAAGAAGGGUAUGGACUAUAUUGAACAGCUUGAUGCUGUUGGGUUUUCUGAGUACAUUAAGAAAUAUAGAAACACUAUAUGUGGAAGGUAUCCAAUUGGAGUAUUCUUGAAUGCAGUUGAAGCUUUAAAGCAGCUCAAUGGUUUAUCACCUAAAAUGACCUUCAGGUUUCUCAAAUAUUCCCAGUCCAAUCAGUGUGAAGAUUUUGAGGAUAGCUCAGUUAGUUAUGCUGCUGGUGUGCUGUUAAUGUCAUGAAAACACCUUCAGUUGGUACUUUAUCUAAUGUUUGCUUGNUUCAUAUUAAGUUAUUUUCUGUAUUAUUGGUAACCUUCUAUUUCAAAUGAAAGUGGAGAACUAUUUUCGACGAGCCUGAAUGGGCUAGGAGUCAAUAGCCCAUGAGGCCAAUUGUUUUAGUCAAAUCCAACUAGUCAGUCAAGUGUAUAGAUGCAAACAAGUUAGCUUUAUUAAAGUUAAAUUUACUAUUUUGGUUUUCAAAGCUGGCACUUUUCGUUACUAAGUAGAAUAUAACUCAUAGCCUAGUAGUAGUCCAAUCAAUCAGAAUGCAGCAUUGAUGAAAGAACUCUAGUUGGAUUUGACUAGUAUUUUGUAAUAGUCUCUACAGCUGCUUUUGGCAGGGAUUAUGACUGAUUAUAAUUCAACAAUUCUUUUUCCUCUCUCUUUUCCCCUUUUCUCAAUGGAAUUUGACUAUCGAAGUGACUUCAUUGAAACCGUGAACAAACAUGUAAGUGCUAUUUACACAAAGGCAGGGUAAGCCUACUCCUGUGGAGGACUUUGUCUUCUGUUUUUAUUGUCUACUGGAGAAAAAGGAAAACUCAAGACUUGUUACACCAGGGUCACCUUAUUUGACGUCUUCUAAAGAAGGCUUAAGAUAUUUGUUAAAUGAAAUAACUCACACUGUGCUCUUCCAAACUCUAGAUUGUAUUUUGAUUGCUUGAAAAUAUUUCUGCAGUAAAUGAAUGCUCAUCAUGAGUCUUUCCUUUAGCUCAUUGGUUGCAGCCAUUCUCAAUCACACGCGCCCUCUAGCAAUUAAUGUUUCUGUCCUGAUGAAGAAGAUUUUGGUGGACGGCAAUCAAAGGGUGUUUUCAUAAAAAUGUCAGAAAGCACAAAGCUAUGAGGGCAUGUGCCUAUAGAAUGUCAUGGAAAUGCCUUGAUUGACGUCUAGCAAAAGCUUUUUCAUCGCAACUUACAUAAUCGCUAGAGGGUUUUUGAUAUUGAGAUGGCUGUAAAGAUCCGACUAGCAUCCGGAAGGUCAUAGGUUCAAGUUUCUCUUUCAGCUAAUGACAAUUGUAAAAUUAUUUUAUAAUAUUUUGUUUGCGCUUGGGAUUGCAAGGAAUUAAACAUUUUAUAACAUUU